CUGUUGUAUGUCUAUAUUCACCUCCUCCUGUCUAUCUGCCUGUCUGCCCUCCUCUUUCAGCCCUUCCCCUCAUGCCUUCUAGCUGCUGAUGAUGGCCGCAGCCGUUGCAACGGGCGAGAAAGCAAAUCAACAAGCCACCACAUCAUCAGACUACUACACUCUACAGCUACAUGCCUCAGACACUCUCAGCAGCCUUCAAGGCACAGAAACACGGCCCACGAGGCGGAGUCGCAGAUGCAAAGAAACAAGCAGCAGCAUCACCUGCCCUCCUCAAGAAACAAAGCACAAGCACCACAGCGCCCGUCGUCCUCGAUAUCGCCACACACGACUCUGCAGCGCCGACCCUCAACCCUCAUGAUCCAGCCAUCAAGCAAGCAGCGCGAGCCAUCCAUCAAGCAAAGUUAGCGCCCAUGAUCCAUGCAGACCCAUCCGACCUGCAAGUUAUUCUGCGCGAUUUCGAUUUAUCUGGACGGUAUGGACCUUGCGUCGGCAUCUCGCGCCUUGAACGCUUUGAGCGUGCUGAAAAGAUGGGCCUGAAUCCACCUGCUGUUGUGGGUCAAGUCCUUAGAACGCAGGAAGGUAUGACGGAUGCAGAGUUGGCCAAGGAUCUCUUCUUUGGUCGCUUGUAGGGACCUCUCAAUCCAUCUAACAUUGGCAAUCUAUUUAGCUAUAGUAGCCAUACGAUCAUGAUCUUACACUCAGCUACAGACGGGCAUAGUGCACAUCAAAGCACAAACCACCCGGUUGCCGUUCGCGCCAAGUGACUUGAUACCGCGUGCCUGU